GAGGCUCCUGCUCUCCACUAUCAUGAACACGGCAGGAAAAGUGGUGGUGACCGUCCAGCUGGGGCUUGCAGGUAUUGCCCUUCCCUCUCUGACAUCGACUGUCUAUUUUGGAGCGUUCCUGAGCUUAGUGUGGUUAUGGGUGUACGGCCACCCGCUCUCCCUACUGGUGUUCAGUAGCCUCUGUGUGAUGAUGACCAUAUUCAGCGCUGGCCACAUCUUGGGCCUCUACCUUUACCAGUUGCCUUUACUCCAGGAGUGUGUGCCUCCUCAGGACACCUAUGCCAGACUGUUUGGCAUGACUGCAUUAAUUCGGACCAACGGCUCAGAACCACACAGCCUCCGGCUGCAGCCAGAUGUCUCGUGGCCGGUGUUCAUCAACCCUCUGGUCCUCCUGCUGCUCUAUUACACCCUGGUGGCCCUGCUGCACAAGUGGGUCCACAUUAAUGCAGAGGACACUGAAGAGGCUGAACUGGCGGCUGUGUGUGAGGUUCCUCCUAGUUUCUCAGAGGCAAUGUUUCCAUCACCCAUCAAAUCAGAGGCCAUUGAUAUAAUGAUGAGCAACAGCUGGGAGAAGCACAGCAUCCCCUCACAGGACUCUCUGAUCUCCAGCACCAUGUACCCAGAAUGCUUUGCACUUCCUGUGUAUAGAUCGCAAGACUACCUAAGCCACGGGUCAGAUGAGGGCAAGGUGGAGGUAACAGAAGGGACUGAUGAAGAGUAUGAUGACGACUCACUCAGCAUCUCAGAAGCAACGGCUCCAGUUGCUGCACCCGGUGGACUUGCUCUCUUUGGAAUCUUCAUCAUGAAACAAAGCUACACCAGCGCCCUCAUCAUCAUGAUGGUAUGGAGCAUCACGUAUACUUCUUGGCUGGGCUUUGUGCUGCUCGUAUGGUCGUGUGUGAUCUGGAUGAUGAGGGACCGCCGCUUCUACGCCAUGCUCAGCGCUCCUUUCCUGGCUAUCUAUGGUACCGUGCUCCUCGGGGCCAGCUUCAUCAGUGCGUUUCAAUUAAAGAGACAGGAGCUUUUCCCCGGCAUCCCCAAAUCAGUUCUCAUUGACUUUGAUCUCUAUGGUUACGAGGCUUCCUGUGUUCACCUGGGUGUAAAGGUGGUGUAUACCUUCAGCUUCUGGUUGCUGCUGCGUCAACAGCUAAGGGAGAAAGAGGAAGAGAGCAAGCUGAAGCAUGACUGUCUGGAUGGCAAAACUGACACACCUGAUGACAGUGAAUCUUCUGGACUGGUGUCUAUUCUGGGUGGCUUCGUGAAAGGAACCCUGGUGAAAUACUGGAUCAUCCUCUGCUGUUCCAUGUUCUUUGUGGUCAGUUUCUCAGGAAAUGUGGCUGUGUACAAGAUCCUCUAUAUUGGGCUCUUCCUCUUCUGUGUGGUACUGUAUCAGGUACACUAUGAUUUGUGGAGACGCACACUGAAGUACUUCUGGGCAGUAGUGGUGGGCUACUCCAUGCUCGUGCUGAUUCUCAUCUACAUGUACCAGUUUAAGACUGUGUCUGGACUCUUCAUACAGGUCAUGGGAAUGUCAGAGGAGGGGUGGCUGCGUGACCUGGGUCUGGAGCAGUAUGAUACUGUGGAGCUGUUUGCACAAAUCCUGCUGCCAGCUGUCUUCCUACUGGCCUGCAUCCUGCAGCUGCAUUAUUUCAACUCUGACUUCCUCUCUCUCACUGACCUGGAGAACAUCACUGUCCUGGACAAAUUGGCCAGCAAAGGCAUAUGUAUAUUUGUAUUGUUAUUUGUUAUGUUUCUGUUACUGUGUGUGUGUGUGUGUGUUUUAGAGAUGUCUGUGGAAAAAUGGCUGUUGGUUGUGGAUAGUGCGAGUGUGCUCAUCCUGCAGAUGCUUCAUCUCGUGCAUAAGGCUCAGGCCCUCUGCUGGCGGCUGCUGGAACUGCACAGCCUUAAACUCCUUUCCACUGGCAUCAUCUGGGUUAGCUUGCAGGAGGUUUCUCUGAUGAACUUUGUGUUCCUGGUGCUCUGGACAUUUGCCCUGCUAUUUCCUCAGCUGCGUCAGCCGGCCUCUAGAGUGUCGUCGGUGUGGGCGUGUGUGAUGGUGGUGUGCAAGAUGAUGUAUCAGCUCAAAGUCAUCAAACCACUGGAGUACUCCUCCAACUGUACAGCUGGGUUGGUGUCCGUCAAUGGGAGCUGGUAUGUACCCAACAUGGAGGAACUGCUGAUGAAGUCCAUUUUGUACGUGGACCCUGUGGACCCAGCUAUAUGGUGUGGGGCACUACGCAAGUGUGGAGAUCGUAUUCUGCCUUGUCUUCAGAACCACUUGCUGGUACUGGGUCUGCUUGUGUUUGAUGUGACCAUCCACCGGCGUCAGCUCCAUUACCGUAUACGUAAUGACUUGAAAGUCCCACCAUCUGGGACCAUUUUCCAGGGGAUAACUCGGCAGCACCUGGACCACAGCCUUCUACCCUGCCUGAAGUAUUUCAUCAACUACUUCUUCUACAAGUUUGGCCUGGAGGUGUGUUUUGUGGUCGCUGUGAAUGUGAUUGGCCAGAGAAUGGACUUCUUCGCUAUGCUGCACUCGUUUGCUCUGAUAGCUGUCCUCUCCCACCGAAGAAGAAAAGCCAUUGGAGAGGUGUGGCCUAAAUACUGCUGCUUCACUGCCAGCCUCAUGGUACUGCAGUAUCUGCUGUGUGUUGGGUUUCCACCAGCAUUUUGCUUUGAUUAUCCCUGGAGGACGUCUGCAGGUGCUCUCACCUCCAACCUGAUCAAGUGGCUCUACCUACCAGACUACGCCAUGCAGCCUGAUCCUGCCUUCAUCCUCUAUGAUUACCUGUUCUUGCUGGUGGCGGUUCUACAGGGGCAGGUGUUUAAGGAGGAGAAUCGGGCGGCUGUGCGUCUGCUCGCUGGAGAGAAUGUAGAGAUCAGCCGCAGCCUAGACCCCUGCACCCUCAACCAGUAUACACCCGUCAGCAACUUCCUUCACUGCAGGUCUUACCUGGACAUGGUGAAAGUGUUUGUAUUCAGCUAUUUCUUCUGGCUGGUGUUGUGCCUCAUCUUCAUCACAGGGACAACACGCAUCAAUGUGUUCUGCUUGGGCUACCUGCUGGGCUGCUUCUACUUCAUGCUGUUCGGAGGCUCCCUGUUGAUGCAGCCUGUCUGCUAUGUGCUUCGCCUGUGGGACUGGCUCAUUGCUUACACAUGUGUGGUCAUCUGCCUCAAGAACAUGCUAUCUCUCGGUUCCUGUGCGUACCUUGACAGCCUGCUGAGAAAUGGUUGCUGGCUGAUCCAGGCCUUUAGCAUGGUCUGUACCAUUAAAGGAUAUCAUAUCCCUGCCCCGGAUGAUGAGUGUGAACUCCCAGAGGGAGAGGCAGGAAUUGUUUGGGAUGCAAUAUGUUUUGCUGUCCUUCUGGUCCAGAGAAGAAUCUUCCUAAGUUACUACUUCCUCUAUGUGGUUUCUGACCUCAAAGCUUCUAAAGUCCUUGCCUCCAGGGGAGCUGAGCUUUUUGAAGCAAAAGUGAAGAAGCGUGUUGCAGCCCGACUGGAAAUGGAACAGAAAUCUGUGGAGACACUGAAGAAAUCGAUGGAGAAAAUCAAAUCCAAACAGCGAAGUCGUCCACCGAAAGAGUUGCCAGUAGACCUGGAACCCAAAGGGGAAGACAAUGACAGUGGGAAAUGGUCGAGACCUUGGGUUUCUCAACCUGGUGUUGGAGACUCUUGUGGCUAUCAGCUGUUUGAGAGUAGCAGUGAGGAGGAUGAGGAGGAGACACAGGAGCAGACAGAGGAAGAUACACCUCCCAAGAAAAAAUCUGCUUUUCAGCUUGCAUAUGAGGCCUGGGUGACUGGUGCUAAGACGGCCCUUAAGGGCCACAAGACAGAAGAAUCCAAGCUGAAGAAAGAGGAGAGGCGCCGUGCGAGAAGAGAACUGCAGAAGCAGAAAGGACUGGAAAGAGUUGAGUCAAGUGAAGAUGAGCUGGAGGAGAACGAAGAAGAAGAAGAAGAAGAAGAAGGUUUGUGUGGCUGUAGGAGUUUAUUGCUGACCGAAAAUUUGGUUCCUCCUCCCCCACUAGAGAACAUAUUUCAGCGGCUCAUCAGCUCCUUGACGUUAGUGUGGGUCUUCCUCCUGUCCCUCAUCGAUGACCUCACCGCAGGACUGAACUCUUUUUGUAAGGACAAUCAGGACAUUUCCAAAGUGCUGUGUAACGAGAGGGCCUUACUGAGCAAACAACAAAAUAAGGGGAGGGAAGUAACCCACGAGAGCAUCAGGCAGUUCUACCAGAGCUGGAUGUCCAGACAGAACACACAGGCCUCACUGGAUCAGCAGGAAGAGCUGGGGCCUCCUGCCUCCCCCCCACCUCUGCCGGGCUCACCCCGCGGAUACACCAAACUCCAGAGCGCCAACUCCAAAUUCUCCUGGGGGAGCAGCCUGUCCAGCUGUCUCACUGAUGACACCUUGCUGGGCUCGCGGCAGCCAACUCUGGAGGAUCUUGACGAGCCGCUUCCACCACAGACAACUGGCCAGGAGCUUCGCCGCAAGCUCCUCAAAUCAGCCCACAUAGACCUGAGCUCUUUCGACAGCGACGGACCUCCUCAAGAUAUUGUAGAUGAAGAGAGUGAGGCAGAAGAAGAGAUGGAGGAAGAACUUGAGGAUCAUGCACAAGAGAAGGAGAUGGAGCAGUGCCUGGAGUCAUGUGACGAAGACACAGAGGAGGACCCGGGUGAAGCCACCCCAGAGCCUGCUCCCCUGAAUGAAACGACCCGAGCCCUGACAGCCAGUGAGCUGCUGCUUAAUGAUAUGUUUCAUAACCCGGAGAUCGAGGAGUCUGAUAAGUUUUACCACUCCCUCCCCCGGCCCUUGCGAUUGAUGUUGGCCCUCUACAACACUAUGGUGUCUCAGUCAGAGAUGCUGUGCUACUUCGUCAUCAUCCUGAACCACAUGGUGUCGGCCUCUCUGCUGUCUCUGUUGCUGCCCAUCCUCAUCUUCAUGUGGGCCAUGCUCUCUGUCCCACGGCCCACCAAACGCUUCUGGAUGACCGCCAUCAUCUACACAGAGAUGAUCGUGGUGGUGAAGUAUUUUUGCCAGUUUGGGUUUUUUCCAUGGACUACCUCUGCUUACCGUGGUAUCAAUGCCGAGCAGCCAUUUGCAGUGCCCAACAUUGUUGGUGUGGAGAAGAAGGAUGGCUAUGUGUUAUUUGACCUGCUGCAACUGCUGGCACUUUUCUUCCAUCGGUCAAUUCUCAAGUGCCAUGGUUUGUGGGACAACAAGGAGGUAGAGAUGCCUGACUUCUUCAAGAAGCUGAAGAAGAAGAAUGAAAAGAAUAAGAUUAAUGCAGGAGGAGGAGGAGGAGGAGGAAGAGGGGGUGAGGAUGCACCGGCGCCACGGAGACGGCUGCCCUUCCUCCCCAUGCAGGCGUCCACCACUUCCUCCCUGUUCCACAGAUGGGGGAAAGGCAACAGCUCAGAGCAGCAGGGUGUGUCUUCAGUCUCAGCAGUUCUGAAAAAAAAUAUGCUACAAAACAAGUAUGUCCUAUAUAGUAUCUUUCACUGUCCUUUUAGUUUUUUUGUUUUGUUUUUUUACAACAUCCUCUGCUAUGUGCAAAGAAUGCGAAAGGCAAAUGCUGGUGUUAAGUGUUCACCAUCAUGUCAUCAGGAAAUCUCCUUGUCUUACUCAGAUGGGAUUGAUUUUUCGUUCGGUUCUGCAGGAGGUCAGAAGUCAAAGAAUCGCCGUUCUAAGAGGAAGAAGCGGGUUCCCCGUGUGCCCCUGACCCGCAAACAGAGGAUGCGCCAGCACAUCAGAGAGAGGGCUCUGGUGGUCAAAGCUGCUGUCAUUGAGAUUGCCCUACACAUAUACCUACCCAUAAGACAGUUCUUCUAUGACAUCAUCCACCCCGAGUACAGUCCUGUGUGUGAUGUCUACGCCAUGAUGUUCCUGAUUGAUGUAGUCAAUUUCAUAGUCAUCAUUUUUGGCUACGGGGCUUUUGGGAAACACAGUGCAGCAGCGGACAUCUCAGAGUCACUAGGAGACGACCAGGUCCCCGAGGCCUUCCUGGUGAUGCUGCUCAUCCAGUUUGGUACCAUGGUGGUGGACCGUGCAUUGUACCUUCGCAAGACCCUUUUUGGAAAGUGUAUUUUCCAGGUUGUGCUGGUGUUUGGGAUCCACUUCUGGAUGUUCUUCAUACUGCCUGGGGUGACAGAACGGAGAUUCAAUACGAACUUUGUUGCCCAGCUGUGGUAUUUUGUGAAGUGCAUCUACUUUGGCCUGUCUGCCUAUCAGAUCAAGUGUGGUUACCCAAGCGGAGUUCUUGGGAACUUCCUCACUAAGAAUUACAACUACCUUAACCUCUUCCUUUUCCAAGGGUUCCGAAUGGUUCCUUUCCUAACUGAGCUCCGUGCUGUAAUGGAUUGGGUAUGGACAGACACCACCCUCAGCCUGUCCAGCUGGAUCUGUGUGGAAGACAUCUAUGCCAAUAUCUUUAUCCUCAAGUGCUGGAGGGAGUCAGAGAAGAAAUAUCCACAUGUUCCUGGCCAGAAGAAGAAGGGCUUGGUGAAAUACGGCAUGGGAGGCUUCAUCAUUGUCUUUCUUAUCUGGGUUGUUUGGUUCCCUCUACUCUUCAUGUCAUUGGUCAAAUCUGUGGCUGGAGUGACCAAUCAGCCUUUAGAUGUUUCCAUUCAGCUUAGCAUUGCAGGAUAUGAGCCUCUGUUCUCCAUGAGUGCCCAGGAGCAGAAUUUAAUACCAUAUUCAGGAGCUGCUUACAACCGACUGACCAAUAAUUACGCCACUCAUCCGUCUGCUAUGCAGUUCUUAAUGAACUACAUGCCUGAAGACAUUGUGGUGGCAAAGGUAAAGAGUGAUGCUAGUCUCCAGUGGAGCAUCAGCCCAGCCAGUAGAGCUGCCAUGAUACAUGAACUGAGCAACUCUACACAUAUUUACAUCACACUGCGUUGGACGUUAUUAAGGAAUACCAGCAUCUGCAUGAAUGCUGAGACUAUGGGUGAAUAUACUGUCAAAUAUGAGGACCGCAGGCUGAGAGAUGAGAUUGUCCAGAUGUUGAAAGGGAAUCGCAGCAAUGUAGUGAUUAUAGAGUCUCUGCUGCCUAAGUAUAUCCGAGGGCCCUCAGGACCAGAGGCAAAGAUGGCGCAUCGGCUGAUUGUAGAAUUCAAGAGGUCAUCAAGGUUUGCAAAUCAAAUUUGUUUUUCAAUCCUUAAAGAGCAUUCUGAUGAUCCAGAUGACCUUGAGGACUAUGCUUUCUUCCGUCCUUUGGCCAUCAAACUCAAGCAGGCCAAUCACAGUGCAGAGGGGCCGGGGCCACAGUGGUGGGUGGUGGAGGAGUGUGCUCCAGGAUAUCCACCAAUGAAAUGCCACAGCAUUCAGCUCAUUAUCUUCAGUGACAAAGCCAGCCCCUCUAGUCUAAACUUUCUAGCAGGAUAUGGGAUUGUGGGCCUUUACAUGUCUGUGGUGCUGGUGAUCGGGAAGUUUGUGCGAGAGUUCUUCAGUGGCAUUUCUCAUUCCAUCAUGUUUGAAGACUUGCCAUGUGUGGACCGUGUGCUCAAGCUUUGCACUGACAUCUUUGUAGUGCGCGAGACAGGUGAAAUGGAACUGGAGGAGCAGUUGUUCGAGAAGCUAAUCUUCCUGUAUCGCUCACCAGAGACAAUGAUCAAGAUGACCAGGGAGAAGAAAAACAACUAGCACAUUCUGUUACAUUUUUUUAUGUUAAUAAAGUUUUAAAAGCAGUUUAAUAAUUUCCUGAGGUUGUUUAUAAUAAUUACAACCAGAGCCUCAGGGAGACAGUGAUGUCAAUUGAAUGUCAACCAGUCUGAUGACUACAACUCAGAUCCAUUCAGUGUUAAGGCCCAGCACAAUCAUACCUGGUGUAGACAGACACAAUCAUUUUCUCUGAUGAAAUGUCAUUUUAAGUCCAAUAUAGCUGGCACUUGUACUGAUAGAUGUCUUGACACCUCCAUACUAUAGUUCCCAUACUUAAACCACUAACUGCAUUUACAUAUUGGGCGUUUACUGAUUUUGGGUGUAGUUGCCAUAAUACAAUCAUGCAUUACAAAUGUUGACCUACUGUGUGUAGGUCAUAGCUGCUGUUGCUUGCAUGCCUGCCUCACCUGCUAGCUCAACAGCAGGGGGUUCUUUGCCUUGAUACUGGUUUGGGGGUGUUAAGUGUCCGUUUAUGCUAAAAGAAAUACAUUGUGACCCUUAUGUAAAUAAAAUGUAUUGAAAAUUC